AUGAAGGUGCGGCUCAUGGGUCAGCCGAUCCCUGUGAUCGGCGAGCGGUGCUCGCACCGCUACCUGGGCCGACCUGUGGGACACACCAGGCUGUCGUGCCCGCCGUUACAGGUGCUGGCCGAGGCGGAGCAGGCCGCCCGUCUCGUCUUGAACAACGCGCUGGCCCCGUGGCAGAAACUGGACGCGCUGCGCGCAUUCAUCCUGCCACGGCUGACGGCCACUGCCCCGUUCGACGCCGAGCUGCGCUGGAGGGUCAAGGGGGUACUCCAGCUGCCCUCUCGCGCGUGCCAGGAGUACCUGCACGCCAGCACCUCGCGCGGCUGUGUUGGCCUCACCGAGCUCGCCUCUGAGGCCGACAUCCUCCUCAUGGCGUCUCAAUGGCAACUCCUCACCUCCCCGGACGAAUUCGUCCGCGAGACUGCUGCCUCUCAGCUGCAGGAAUCUGCGGCUGCCCUCCUGCGAGAGGCGGUGCGCCAGGCGGCCGCCGAGCGUCUGUACCGCCUGCCUCACCAUGGUAAACUGAUGCAGACGAUCGGCGACCAGCGCGUGAGCAGCCACUACAUGUACAGUGGCAGCUUCACUCGCUUCGCCGAGUGGCGCUUUGUGCACCGCGCGCAGCUGGGACUGGUGCCUCUAAACGGCGUCCGUCGCAGCCGUGUGCGGGGCGACGAGCGCUGCCGGCGGUGCGGGUACGCGCGCGAGACGCUGCACCACGUGCUGUGCGACUGCAUGCCGCACAGCGCCGCCUUCCAGCGCCGUCAUAACGCCUGA